UAAACACACAUGGGCGGAUCGCCCUUUAGACCGGUGGAGAUACAUAGCUGUCUUGACAGAUGCCAGUCUCUGUGAGAAAGCUCUGGCGGGAGUAACAAUGCUCAACUGUAUCUAGACUUUUGUCGAACGGUUCGUUUAUUACACCGGAUCUCAGUAAAAGCGGACAAACCGGGAAAGAAAGGGAAAGCAUAUGUUAGGGUAAUGCUCGCCGACGGCCGAACUGCUCAGUGUUGGUGUUGACACAUCCUCAGCUAGCUCUCGGCUAGCUCUCUCAAACUUGAGGAGGAGAUGUCUCCGGACGACAACCCUCACACCCUCCUGGGAAGGAUACGGUUUUUAAACAAGUGCAUUGAAUGUUUCCGAAAAAGUGAGCCUCUGCCGGAGUCCCUGUGUUACGUGCCGAAAGAGGUUUGCUACAAAAUCUGUAAGGAUUCAUCGUCGGGCUCCACUUCCGCGUCUUCUUCAACAGCUGGCAACUCAGGAGGCAAGAGUGUGGUGUCGGUGUGGGAAAGUCCACAUCAGGCUCCACACAAGAAAUUAUGCAAGUGUAACAUCGAGCCCAAAAAAGGCACAUGUAUACGGACAACAGGGGAAGAGUACUGCAACAGCCAUGGCCUGUGGGUCAAAAUAAGCAAGGAGCAGCUGGAGGAGUAUCGUGCUGGUCUGGACAUAGAGGAGGGCUGGAUCCUGGUGUGUAAACACACAGAAGGUGGAGACAGGCUUGUGCCGGUAGAAUCUCCAGACACUGUCAGCCGCCAGCAGCAGCUGUUUGGAUAUGACCACAAGCCGUGUAGCAGGUGGGAGCAGGUGGUGGAUGUGGAAAACUCUUACAUGGGUGCCAAACCCAAGGUGGCAGAGCCGGACGAGGUCGCUGUUCGCAAACUGAGGUAUGUACCUCCUACAUGGGCAUUUGAAUGUGAUGAGGACCUAGUACACUACUUCUAUGACCACAUUGGGAAAGAAGAUGAAAACCUUGGCAGCGUGAAGCAAUGCGUGACCAGCAUUGAUGUGUCUUCCAGUUCGGAGGACCCCAGCGGUGGUGCAAGCUGCCUGACAGAUGGAGACACUGAGACAUACUGGGAGAGCGAUGGAAUGCAGGGACAGCACUGGAUCCGGCUGCACAUGAAGAGGGGCACUGUGGUCAACAAACUGAUAUUAACAGUGGACUCAACAGAUGAUAACUACAUGCCCAAAAGAGUGACUGUAUAUGGUGGAGAGGUAGAUAAUCUCAAGAAAUACAGUGAUGUAACAAUAGAUGACAACUUAAUUGGAGAGGUUUGUGUGCUGGAGGACAUGACAUCACAUUUGCCUGUCAUAGAGAUCAGGAUCGAGGAAUGCAGAGAUGAGGGAAUCGAUGUACGGAUCAGGGGUCUAAAGAUCAAAUCGUCCUGUGAGCGUGACUUGGGCCUGAAUGCAGACGUAUUCCAGUCUCCCAACUUAGUGCGCUACCCGAGGUUGGAGGGAACACGCCCUGAUGUCCUCUAUCACCGCGCAUUGGUCAUUCAGAGGUUCAUCACACUCCUGGACAGUCUGUUGCCUCAUAUGGUGCCUGCAUGGGACUACAGCCUUGGAACAUUCAACCAGAUCAAAAGUAUAAAGCAGUUCCUGCUGUUGUCCAAGCGUCGCUCUGCCCUCAUCACCCAGUGCCUGAAGGACUCUGAGACCAGUAAGCCUAACUUCAUGCCCCGCCUUUACAUCAACCGUCGCCUUGCCAUGGAGCACCGUGACAAUCCCACUCUGGACCCCACAUGUAAAAGUGCUGUCUUCACUCAGGUGUAUGAGGGUCUGAAGCCGUCUGACAAGUAUGAAAAGACUCUGGACUACAGGUGGCCAGCACGAUAUGACCAGUGGUGGGAGUGUAAAUUCAUUGCAGAAGGCAUCAUCGAUCAAGGUGGUGGUUUUCGGGACAGCCUGGCAGACAUGUCUGAAGAGCUUUGUCCCAGCUCAUCGGAGUGCUCCAUUCCACUUCCAUUCUUCACGCGAACUUCUAACCAGGGGGCUGGUGAGGCCAGAGACUUCUAUGUGCCAAAUCCUUCAUGCCGAGAAUUCCACAAAUUGGAGUGGAUUGGGCAACUAAUGGGUGCAGCUCUUCGCGGAAAAGACUUUCUGGUUCUGGCUUUACCAGGGCUGGUGUGGAAGCAGCUGAUUGGAGAAUCUGUCAGCUGGACUAAAGACUUUCCUGCAGUAGAUUCAGUGCUGGUGAAGUUGUUGGAGGCUAUGGAGCAUAUGGACAAGGAGACAUUUGAUUUUAAGUUCGGCCAGGAGCUUGUGUACACCACACCCCUGAGUGACGGGCGGCUGGUGGAGCUGAUCCCAGGAGGCAGUGGAGUGGUGGUCCGAUAUGAAGACCGCAUGGAGUUCAUACGCCUGGUACAGAAAUCCAGGCUAGAAGAGAGCAGGGAACAGAUUGCUGCCAUGCAGGCAGGACUGGUGAAAGUGGUGCCGCAAGCUGUGCUUGAUCUCCUGACAUGGCAGGAAGUGGAGAAGAAAGUGUGUGGAGACCCAGAGAUCACAGUGGAGGCCCUUAAACGCCUCACACGCUAUGAAGACUUGGAACAAACGGAUGUCAGAGUGCAGUACUUAUGGGAGGCCCUGAUGAACUUCACCAAUGAGGAUCGCAGCAGGUUUUUGAGGUUUGUGACUGGCAGAAGUCGUCUUCCUGCUCCAAUUUAUAUCUUCCCAGACAAACAAGGAUCCGAAACCACAGAUGCACUUCCUCAAUCUUCCACAUGUUCCAGCACCCUUUAUCUACCCAAAUACCCAAGUGCUAAAGUUUGUGAAGAGAAGCUUCGCUACGCUGCAUAUAAUUGUGUGGCCAUCGAUACAGACAUGAGCCCUUGGGAGGAGUGACCUGAUUUUGCCAUGUUUACGAAUUUUACAUACUGGGAUUUUGGCAUAAAUGAACUGUAGCCUUCAGCACCGUGCACAUGACCAUGCCUACACUAUUGCCAAUUACAUCUGUACAGUAUAAAUAAAUAAAUAUGUUAUAAACAAUA